AUGCAAGCCACGGCCGCGACACGCGUGGCGCUGCCCACCCUUGUGGACUGCCACGUGCACUUCCGCGAGCCCGGCCUAGAGGCGAAGGGCGACAUGCGGAGCGAGGCCGCGGCGGCCCACGCUGGCGGCAUCGGGGUGGUGUGUGACAUGCCCAACACGAAGCCGCCGACGCAGACCAUCGCGGCCUUCGCAGACAAGGUGCGCCGCGCCAAGGCCGUGGAGGCGUUAUGCGACAUCCGCUUCUUUUUUGGCGCCACCGCCCACGAGCACCUGCGGGAGCUGGAGGCGCUGUGGACGCAGCCGCAGCACGCAGCUCUCAAGGCUCGCUGCGCCGGGCUGAAGCUCUACCUUGACAACUCCACCGGGAACCUGAAGAGCAGCGCCGACGUGACGGAGGCCGCCUUUGCGCUUUGCGGCAGACUUGGCACGCCACUCGUGGCGCACUGCGAGCAUGCGACGCAAAAUGACGCGGCUUCCUCGGCACAUCCGUACACGGGGCCGGCAUCGCACUCACUGCGACGUCCGGUUCAGUCAGAGGCCGCCUCCAUCGCCUACGCUGUGGAUUUGGCCAGGCGUCAUGGGACGCUCCUGCACGUGGCCCAUCUUUCUACCGGCGAGGGCCUGGAGCUUGUCCGUCGGGCGCGGGGGGAGGGGCUGCCUGUCACGUGCGAAGUUACUCCGCACCACCUCUUCCUGACGACGGAGGACUACGGCUGUUGCGGGUCGCGCGUGAAGGUGAACCCCCCCGUGCGUCCCCCGGAGCACCACGAGCGGCUCUGGGAGGGCGUGCUGGACGGCACUGUGGACUGCAUCGGCACCGACCAUGCGCCACACACGCUGGAGGAGAAGAACGACGCGACCAACCCGCCGAGCGGAAUGCCGGCGGUUGAGCUAGUCGUUCCGCUGCUCCUCACGGUUUGUGCGGGCCGCUGGCCGCACCCAACGGCCGCGCGGCCGAAGGCACUCGAAGCGCGCAGCCUGAAGCUGGAGGACGUUGUGCGGCUCAUGCACACCAACCCCAACCGCAUCUUUGCUCUGGGGCUGUCCGAGGCUCCCCAGCGCACCUUCGACCUCGCCGCGGAGUGGGUUGUGGCGGAGUCGCAGCUGAAGUCCAAGUGCGGCUGGUCGCCGUACGCCAACUGGCGUCUUGUUGGCAGGGCGCUUUAG